AAUUACGGAAUCAGAGAAAGCUUUGGAUUAAAAAUCCUGUAGCUGUAUCUAGACUUUCCGCUAGACCAGGUGUCUCCUAGCACUGCCCAGCUUGAUGAUGAACACUUCCAGGGCUGGGGCAGCCAAAGCUUCUCUGGGGAGCCUGUGCCAGGGGGUCCUACUUGUUGCCUGAAAGAAAGGCCGGAAGUAAAUCCCCACAGACUGAUUAGGAAUUUGCUUACUGUAGUGCUGGUGAGGAGGAUAUCUCCACCUAACUUUGUCGAGUGCUGUGGUAUAUUUAUACAGAGGAAAAUGGCUCAAACUAUAGCACGAACAACAUCCCUCCAUGUUGAGGAAUCCUUGGAAAGCAGAAUGGUGGUUACAUUCCUCAUGUCAGGACUUGAGUCAAUGUGUAAAGAACUUGCCAAGUCCAAGGCAGAAAUUGCCUGUAUUGGUGUAUAUGAAAAAAAUGUUUUUGUAGUUGGAACUGAGAGAGGAAAAGCCUUUGUCAACUCGAGGGAAGAGAUUAAGACGGAAUUUAUUGAAUACUGUGUUACAGAAGAGGGCAGGAUUGCAAAACUGCAGAAAAAGAGGACUACACCACCUGUGAACAGACAGACAGUGGAUGCUGUGGACCUGGAGGCUCUUAGAAAGUCUGUGGACGACUUUUUCUGCUUUUGCUAUGGUAAAGCUUUAGGAAAGUCAGCGAUGGUUCCUGUGCCAUACGAAGAGAUUCAGAGGAACCAGUCUGUUGUGAUAGUGCAGGGCCUGCCCAAAGGACUCACACUUCAACAUCCAUCAAAUUAUGAUGUUUCCACCCUGAAAUGGAUUUUGGAAAACAAAUCAGAGAUCUCAUUUAGUAUAAACAGACCUUUCCUUGAACCAGUGAAACACAUAGGGGCUGAUAUGCCAGAUCCUUCACAUCCAGUUAUACUUCCAUGUGGAAGUAGUCCACCUGUUCAAGUGAAAACAGAACCAAACAAGGAUUUAGAAAUUCCUUCCAAAAUGUCAACAAUAGCAAUGAAGCAGGAAACUGAUGAUCCUAACUACUAUCAAUUUUGUACUUCAGCAGUCCCUUCCAAAACAUCAGAGAUAGAAGAAGAAAUUGCUCCUGGAAAAAGUUACACAGAUCCGUCCCAGCAGCAUGGCAUGUCAGAAUUCAGAAUGGAUACUGAGCCAGAAAACACUACUGAUGAUGAUCUAGAUGAUGAUGACUAUCUACCCCCUGAAAAGAGACAGAAAAUCUCUGAGUUGGAAAAUCAGGCUUCCAAUAUUGUUAGAAGAACAGCAGAAGAGUUCAGUUUUGAUCCCCCCCAGCAUGAGCUGUCAGGACCAAGCGAGAAACCUGAGGUUGAGGUCACCCUUGAAGAUGAUGAUGAUGACUACCCUCCCUUAGACAAGAGACAGAAGAGCAUGAAGUUGGUUAAUGAAGCUGCCAUUACUCAAAGAAAAGAAGGAAAAAAUUUCAAUUCUGAUUCUUCCCAGCACGACUCGUCAGAAUCAAGUUCAGAUUCUGAGCCCGAAAUCACUACUGAAGAUGAUGAUGAUGAUGAGUACGUGCCUCCUAGCAGGAGGCGGAGGAGCAGACGGUCUAAUCGCGCUUCCAAUACUGGGAGGAGGAAAGGAAAACACUCCAAUUCUGAUCCCUCCCAGCAUUACUUCUCAGCAAUAAGUGAGACGCCUGGGCUUGAGGUCACUGUUCAAGCUGAUAAUGAUGAUGAUGAUAGUGAUGACAACCUACCCCUGGACAUGAGAAUAAAUAUCACCCAUUCUGCUAAUGAAGCUGACAAUAGUGGGGGAAGUAAAGCAGAAGCAUUCAGUUCUGAUCCCCCCCAGCAUGAGCUGUCAAGAAUAAGUGAGAAAUCUGAGGUUGAGGUCACCCUUGAAGGUGAUGAUAAUGAUGACAACUUACCUCCUGACAAGAAGCUGAAGAAAACUGAGUCUGCUAAUGAAGCUGCCAAUACUGGAAGAAGAACAGAAGAGUGCAGUUUUGUUUCCUCCCUGCAUGACUUCUCAGCAACAAGUGAUAGACCUGAGCUUGAAGUCACUGUUGAAGCUGAUGAUGAUGAUGAUGACAACCUACCCUCUGACAUGAGACUGAAUAACUCCGAGUCAUUUAAUGCAGCUGACAAAAAUGGGGGAAGAAAAGCAGAAGAAUUCAGUUUUGUUUCCUCCCUGCAUGACUUCUCAGCAACAAGUGAUAGACCUGAGCUUGAAGUCAUUGUUGAAGCUGAUGAUGAUGAUGACUACUUACCCCUUGAAAUGACAGUGAAUAACACCGAGUCUGCAAGUGAAGCUGACAGUACUGGGAGAAGGAAAGCAGAUGAGUUAAAUUCUGAUUCCUCCCAGCAUGAGUGGUUACAAGGAAGUGAGAAUUCUGAGGAUGAUUUUAGUAGUGGAGAUGAUGUUGACUACCUGCCCUCUGAGAAGAGACGGAGGAGAACCAAGUCGGGUAGUGGAGCUUUCAAUACUGGGAGAAGGAGAGGAAGACAGUUCAAUUUUGACAAAUGGAAUACGCGAAUUUCAGACUUGAGAACUGAAGUUGAACAGGUGUUUGCAGAGAAGUACGCUGAAGCUAUAAAAGCAGAAGGCCCAGUGGCUAUCCCAUAUGGACUCUUCCAGUCACACGCAGAAGAUUUGUACGUGGAAGGGCUGCCAGAAGGGAUUCCCUUCCGGCGCCCCACCACCUACGGCAUUCCCCGGCUGGAGAGGAUACUUCUAGCGAGGGACCAGAUCCGGUUUGUCAUUACAAAGCCUGAACUUCUGAAUUUGAAAGAUGUUCUAGUGGAAAAGACAGCUUCAGGAGUCUCAAAUCCAGCAAGAGAGGAGUGGUAUGCCAAAAUCACCAGACUGAGAAAGACAGUAGAUCAACUUUUCUGUAAAAGUUAUGGCAAGGCUUUGGGGAGCAGUGAGCCCAAAGCUGUUCCAUACAAGAUAUUUGAAGCUCAUCCAACUGACCUCUGUGUUGAGGGGCUGCCAGAGAAAGUUGCCUUUAGGAGUCCCUCCUGGUAUGGAAUCACGUGCCUUGAAAAAAUAAUUGAAGCAGGUGACAGAAUAAAAUUUGUGAUCAAAAGGCCAGAGCUUCUAAGUCAAGCUUCUAGCAAAGUUGUUCAGCCCAGAUCAAACAGUCAAGGGAAAGAUGAUUGGAAUUGCAAGAUCACAAAGCUAAGAAACGAUGUAGAAGAUCUAUUUAGUAAGAAGUUUGGCGAAGCUCUGGGGCUUUCAGAGUCAGUGAAAGUUCCCUAUUCUGUAUUUGAAUCAAACCCUGAUGCCUUGGUUGUUGAAGGCUUGCCAGAAGGAGUUCCCUUCCGGAGUCCCACCUGGUUUGGAAUUCCACGCCUUGAAAGAAUCACGCGAGCGGGCAAAAAAAUCAAAUUUGUUAUUAAGAAGCUUGACCUUGUAAUUUCCCAUUUGCCUCCAAGAGUGGCUAAUAAAUUAAAGACAAAAGCAUCCAGUCCAAGGAGUUCCAGAAGGUCACGAAGCUCUUCAGAGAAUUCAAGCAUCCCAGAGAUUGAAGUUACUGUUGAUGACAGUCCUGAAAAAGCACAAAAAACAACAAAUUCUCAAAACAACAACUCCAAUAAAAAUGUGAACCAACAACAAGGAAGAGGAGGAUUUUCUUUUGAGUUGUGGAGUUCAAAAAUCGCUAACUUAAAGAAGCAAGUUGAAAAUCUUUUUAAUGAAAAAUGUGGGGAAGCACUGGGACUCAAUGGGCCAAUGAGGGUGCCAUAUGGACUGUUUGAAUCCUUCCCAGAGGUUUUCCAAGUGGAAGGACUACCUGAGGGAGUGCCCUUCCGCCAACCUUCAACUUUUGGGAUUCCAAGACUGGAGAAGAUUCUGAGAAAUAGAUCCAAAAUAAAAUUUAUUAUUAAAAAGCCUGAGAUGCUUGAGGCAGCUGUAAAAGAAAGUUCUGGUAAAAGCUCCAAAAGAAAAAAUAAUUCCUCCAGUGAUGCCAGUACAGCAAGGACCACAAAAAACACAGCAGUGAACAAAACUACAGGUGUUGAAGACCUAAACAUCAUUCAAGUAACCAUACCAGGUGAUGACAGUGAGCGACUGCCGAAAGUAGAAAAUGCCAGACAAUUGAGAGAGCAAGUGAAUGAUCUUUUUAGCCAGAAAUUUGGUGAAGCCACUGGUAUGAAUUUUCCUGUAAAAGUUCCAUACAGAAAAAUCACUAACAACCCUGGUUGUGUGUUGGUGGAUGGAAUGCCUCCAGGUGUGGCAUUUAAAGCACCCAGUUAUCUGGAAAUCAGCUCAAUGAAGAAGAUUUUGGAAUCAGCAGAGUCUAUCAAGUUUACUGUCGUUAGACCAUUUCCAGGACUUGUGAUUAACAAUCACCUGCUGGAAGAAGCUGAAGCAGAAGCACCAGCACCAUCAACAGCACCAGCAGCAGCCACAGCACUACCAGAGCCAGGUGAACCAAGCCAUACAGAAGUAUCUGUAGGAGAUAACACAGAAACAGAUUUCAAAUAAAGCAAAUCCAGACCUGACGUCAUAGACCUCAUCAAUACUGGUCAGAAGCUUCCUGUUCUGAGAAGAGCCUGAUGGGCCUGUGUAUUAUAACUGUAUAAGAGAAGUAUCUUCUAUACAAACUCUUUUAUACUAUUAGAUAGAAAUGUCUACUUUUUCAGCAGUUCUGUGAAUUGACCUAAACAAAGAAUGACUGUAGAUUUGGAAUGUCUGAUUUUCCUUUGGAAUAUAUUAUAAGGACUAAAAUACAUUGAUGCAGCAGUGCUGGGGAGAUACCAGGGAUUAAAAUCAGCAGGGACUUAGUUGAGACUGUCUGCAUUUCCCAAUAAAGCUGAAUUUCACUGUACCUAAAUGCAUCCUAGCUUUUGUAAUGAAAAAUUCCUGAAAAGAGUUCCAUUUGUUUACUCUGGAGGAAAAAACCCUCCACAUUUGUUUUCAGCUAUUAAUUUAAUGGGUCAUUGAGAUAAUAGUAUAUGUAUAUUUGAGCUAAUUUUUCCUGUUAUAUCUAUUACAAUUUAUAUGUUUUUCCUAAAAUAAAAGAGAAACUGUUUCACUGGA